AUGGUGUUUAUUGAGGAAGACAUGGCUCUUGCUUCUUCAGGGAGUGAUGGGGAAUUCAAAGGCAGAGUGUGCGUGACUGGGGCUUCUGGCUUUCUGGCUUCUUGGCUCAUUAAACGACUUCUUUCGUCUGGCUAUCACGUCACUGCAACUGUCAGAGAUUUAGGAAAUGAGACGAAAUUACAACAUUUAUGGAGGCUGGAAGGGGCAAAGGAGAAUCUGCGCCUCGUGAAAGCUGAUUUGAUGGUAGAAGGCAGCUUCGACCAUUCAAUCAUGGGAUGCUCCGGCGUCUUCCACACUGCCUCUCCUGUCCUCAAACCUUCCUCAGAUCCCAAGGAAGAGAUAUUGAAGCCAGCAGUGGAAGGAACUCUUAAUGUGCUACGUUCAUGUCGAAAGAACCAGUCACUUCGGCGCCUGGUUUUGACUUCAUCUUCUUCAGCCUUGAGGGUGAGAGAUGAUUUCGAUUCCAGCAUUCCUCUCGAUGACUCAUCCUGGAGCUCCACCCAACUGUGCGAGAAACUUCAGCUAUGGUACGCAUUGUCAAAGACACUGGCAGAGAGAGCAGCAUGGGAUUUCUGCAGGGACAAUGGGAUCCAUUUGGUGACAGUGCUGCCAUCAUUCAUUAUUGGACCUAGCUUGCCUCCACAAUUAUGUUCCACAGCAUCUGAUGUCCUCGGCUUGCUCCAAGGGGAAACUGAGAAAUUCGGAUGGCAUGGAAGGAUGGGAUACGUUCAUAUUGAUGACGUGGCACUUUGCCAUAUCUUGGUUUACGAGAAUGAAGCAGCCUCUGGUCGAUACCUUUGCAGCUCCACUGUGUUGGAUAACCACGAGUUAACUUCUCUGCUUGCAGUCCGCUUUCCUUGGCUCCCCAUCCCCACAAGGUUUAAGAAACUCGAUAGACCCUACUAUGAACUCGACACGUCCAAGAUAAGAAAUUUAGGAUUCGAGUUCAAGACUGUCGAGGAAAUGUUUGACGAUUGCGUUCUGUCGCUUGAGCAACAGGGCCAUCUUCCUCCCCGCCCCUCCAUGGCAUCAACAUCAUGAUCAACACUUUCAACUUGCCAUCGAGCAUUAUUCACACCAUCUCACAAUGGAUUCUUAGCAUACACCCCAACUUGAAUGGUAUUGAAAUAAUGUGUUACUUGAUUUUCUUUCACCUCAUUUUAACCAAUUACAUCCGCUUACACACAUAUCAUACAAAAUCUGAUUAUCCGCCUCGCACUUAUGAUGGUGGGCAAGUAUUAUUUUUA